AUGUCUGAACGAGUCUCAAGUUCUUUCGAUCAAAUUAACUCUUGCUGUCUGAAAACCUUAAUAGAUUCCCUCAAAAUUAUCCAGAGAAACAAACAUAUUUACUUUUCCAUUUUUGCCUUCCUCUCCCUCCCACUUUCUCUACUUCAUUUCUCUCUCACCCUUUCCUCUUACCCGAUCAAAUCCCAAAUUCUCCAUCUCGAAUAUCUCGCGACCCGAACCCCGACCCGAUUCGAAGCUCGCCAGGUGUGGAGGGAGUCACGCGAAGUUGCCAUCAAUCUCCUCCACCUCAAACUCCUCUACUUCUUACCCUGUUAUCUUUUCUCUCUCAUCGCCGCCAUUACCGUCGUUGUCUCCACCGAAUCCGUCUAUAAUAAAGGACCCACGAGUAUAAAACUUGCUUUCGCCGCCAUUAAGCCCAUUUGGACCAGACCGGUGGUUACUUCAAUUUGUAUCUACGCUAUUCAGAUCUUGUACUCUGCUGUACCAUACACUCUAGCAGCUGUGAUUGGAAGCUCCAGUUCAAGGCUUAGAUUUGUGAUAUGGGUUAUCGGCUUGGGUGCUGAAUUGUAUAUAAUAGCGGUUUCGGAGAUAGGACUGGUGGUUUCGAUCGUGGAGAGGAGAUUCGGAUGGGAUGCGAUUCGCGUCGGGUCGGAUUUAAUGGAAGGGAGGAGGAUAUUCGGGUGGGUAUUAUGUGGUUUAAUGGCAGUGUUGACUGGCGGAAUUGGGCGAAGAAUGGAGGGCUUGAUGGUGCUGGAAAGUGAAUAUUUGGCGGAGGAGCCGAAAUGGACGGUUAAAGAAGGAUGGGAGAAGGCGGCCGCGGUGCUGGUCGUUCUCUAUGGGGUGGUUGUGGUCUGGGGUUUUGUCGUCACUACCGUUUUUUAUUGCGAGUGUAGGCAACGGCAUGUCGUAAGAGAGGAGGAGCAACAACUAGAGAGUAUUGAUUGUUGA